GAGAGAAUCGCUCGGAGUUUUUGACUCUCCCCUUGCGCGCCUUUGGAUAUCUUUUCACCAACGCCACAACCGAGAAAUCUGUGACGUGACCGUCGCGCGCAGGGCCUCGUCUCCUCCGUCGCGUCCUCUCCCGCUCCAAAUAUCGUUAUUGGGCAUUGCGAGCCCGUCUCCCCAACCACGCAAGCACCUUCUCGCUCCCGAUCGGACCAAGACCCCAAGCACCGCACCCAGCCAUGGCUCCCAGCAAACAGGACACGAGGGCGUACAUCAGGGAGCUUGCGACACCGCCCCCAGCGGGCUCGCCGUACGCGCUCCCGAUCCCCGGCACCGAGCGUCCGAACCGCACCCCGAUCUACCGCCAUUGGCGCUUUCAAAACGGCCCGCUGCUGGAGACGUUUGACCCUGCGCACAGGACCGUUCACGACCUGUUUGAGAACUCGGUCGCCCAGUAUCCCAAGAACAAGUGCUUGGGGUGGAGGCCCUGGAAUCCCACCACCAGGACGUUUGAGCCCAAGUAUGUCUGGCUGACGUACGCCGAGGUGGCCGAGCGGAGGAAGAACCUCGGUGCUGGUAUCGUCGAGCUGCACCACCGGCUCGGCGUCAAGGAGGACAAGUAUGGCGUCGGCCUGUGGGCGCAGAACCGCCCCGAGUGGCAGAUAACCGAGCUGGCGCUGCUCUCGCAGUCCCUGUGGCCCGUCUCCCUGUACGAGACGCUCGGCCCCGAGACGAGCGAGUACAUCAUCAACCACAGCGGGCUUACGGCCAUUGCCUGCUCGCUGCCCCAUAUCCCGACCCUGCUGAAACUGGCGCCGCGCGUCCCCUCGCUCAAGAUCAUCAUCUCGCUCGACCCCCUCGAUGCCGGCGAGGCGCCAGGCCACUCCAAGAGGGAGUUGCUCAAUGCCACCGCCGCCAGCGUCGGCAUCCAGGUGUUUUCCAUGGCCGAGGUCGAGGCGCUCGGCGCUCGCUCCGGCCGCGCCAUGCGCCCACCCAAGGCCGACGACGUCCUGACCAUCAACUACACCUCCGGUACCACGGGCGACCCCAAGGGCGUCCUCAUCACCCACAAGAACGGCGUGGCCGGCAUCACCGCGGCCCGCACGAACGAGACCGUCUCGCCGGGCGACGUUCACAUUUCGGUGCUAGCAUCGGGUAUUUCCAUGGCGACAUCGCCCGGCCUGAUUGAGGACAUGAAGAUACUGCGGCCGUCGGGAUUCAUGUCGGUGCCCCGCCUGUUCAACCGCAUCAACUCGGCCAUCCAGGCGGCUACGAUCCAGGCCGACGGGUUCAAGGGAGCGCUGUCGCGCCGCGUUAUCGACACAAAGAAGGCCAACAUGAAGCUGCCCCCGGGCCAGGCGACCAACAAGCACUUCUUGUACGACCGCAUCUGGACCCCCAAGGUCCUCAAGGCGGUGGGUCUGCAGCGCGCCCGGACCAUGGUCAGCGGCAGCGCCCAGCUGGACCCGGACGUUCACCAGUUCCUCCGCGCCGCCUUCGGCAACAACUUUGUCCAGGGCUUCGGCAUGACCGAGACGUACGCGGUCGGCACCGUCCAGCUGCCUGGCGACUUCACCACGGGCAACAUCGGCCCCCCGUGCCCGUCGGUCGAGCUCUGCAUCGAGUCGGUGCCCGACUACGACUACACGGUCGAGGACAAGCCGAACCCGCGCGGCGAGCUGCUGAUGCGCGGACCCGUCAUCUUCCGGGAGUAUUUCCGCAACCCGGAAGAGACGGCCAAGGCGAUCGAGCCCGACGGGUGGUUCCACACGGGCGACAUCGUCGAGGUCGACAAGAUGGGCCGCUUCAAGAUCAUCGACCGCAAGAAGAACGUGCUCAAGCUCGCCCAAGGCGAGUACAUCUCGCCCGAGCGCAUCGAGAACGUCUACAUGGGCGCCACCAACCUGAUCGCCACCGCCUUUGUCCACGGCGACCCCAAGGAGUCGUGCCUCGUCGCCGUCUUCGGCAUCGACCCGGUCACCUUCGCCCCCUAUGCCAGCAAGAUCCUCAAGAAAUCCGUUGCCGCCGAGGACAAGGACGCCCUCCGCGAGGCCGCCAACGACCCGCGCGUCAAAGGCGCCUUCCUCAAGCUGCUGGACCAGAUCGGCACACGCCACAAGUUCAACAGCUUCGAGAAGGUUAAGAACUGCAUCUUUGACAUUGAGCCGUUCACCAUUGAGAACGAGCUGUUGACCCCUACGCUCAAGCUUAAGCGGCCCCAGGCGGCCAGGGCCUUCCGGAAGGAGAUUGACCGCAUGUACGAGGAGAUUGCUGCCAAUGCAAAUGUGAAGCCCAAGCUCUAAUCCUAUCCUACCUACCGAUUUU